CCUGCCUCCGCCGGCCCUCUCUGGUCUCUGAGGUCUCUGUGGUCUCUGAGGCUGUAGGGCUAAUUCAGCAGGCAGGAUGGCUGCUCAGAGGGAGCUCUAUGACGCCGUUGUGAUCGGGGCAGGCAUCCAGGGCUGCUUCACAGCAUACCACCUGGCCAAACACAGCAAGAAAGUCCUUCUGCUGGAGCAGUUCUUUCUCCCGCACUCCCGAGGAAGCUCCCAUGGGCAGAGCCGGAUCAUCCGAAGGGCGUACCCGGAAGAUUUCUACACCCAGAUGAUGGCUGAGUGUUACCCGAUAUGGGCCCAGUUGGAGCAUGAGGCGGGAACCCAAUUAUACAGGCAGACUGGACUACUGCUGCUGGGAAUGAAGGAGAAUCCAGAAUUAAAGAUAAUUCAGGCUACUUUGUCGAGGCAGGGAGUGGAGCACCAGUGUCUUUCAUCUGAGGAACUGAAGCAACGUUUCCCCAAUAUUCGGUUGGCCAGGGGAGAAGUGGGGCUCUUGGAGGCCUCCGGAGGAGUUCUCUAUGCCGACAAGGCGCUCAGAGCCCUCCAGGAUGCAAUUCGACAGCUAGGUGGCAUAGUGCAUGAUGGAGAGAAGGUAGUGGAGAUAAAACCAGGGCUACCAGUCAUGGUGAAAACUACCUCCAGUAGCUACCAAGCCAAGAGCUUGAUCAUCACGGCAGGUCCUUGGACCAACCGGCUCCUCCGUCCCUUGGGAGCUGAGCUACCUCUCCAGACCCUGCGGAUCAACGUGUGUUACUGGAGAGAGAAGGUUCCUGGAAGCUACAGCGUGUCCCAGGCCUUUCCUUGUUUCAUGGGCCUGGGCUCCAGCCUGGCUCCUCACCACAUCUACGGGCUGCCCUCCAGAGAGUACCCAGGGCUGAUGAAGGUCUGCUAUCACCACGGCAACAAUGCAGAUCCCGAGGAGCGGGACUGCCCGGCAGCUUUCUCAGACAUCCAAGAUGUCCACAUCCUGAGCGGUUUUGUCAGAGAUCACUUACCUGACCUGCAGCCUGAGCCUGCUGUGAUGGAGCACUGCAUGUACACGAACACCCCCGAUGGGCACUUCGUUCUUGAUAGACACCCAAAGUACGACAACAUCAUCAUUGGUGCUGGAUUCUCUGGGCAUGGUUUCAAGUUGUCCCCUGUUGUGGGGAAGAUCCUGUACGAAUUAAGCAUGAAAUUAACGCCAUCCUAUGACUUGACACCUUUUCGAAUCAGCCGCUUUCCCAGCCUGGGCAAAGCCCACCUUUGACCCCUGGCCAGACGCUUCCCUUCUGUGCCCAGGAGUUGGAAAUAAAGCUGAGAAAGACAUCUAAGAGGAAGAAAGUGGCUGUGGGAGGUUAUCCUUUUCUCCUGCCUCUCUUCAGUCCCCCAUAAACACCAGCUGAUUGAAUGUACCUUCUUUCUCUGGCCAGCUCCCCAAUCACACACCACUUUUUUGCUUCAGUUCAAUCAGAUAUUCCAUAAUCACAGAGUGGCAAGGACCUUGGAGGUGGAUGUCUCAGUAAGGAAGGGGCAUAAGGACCGGCUCAGGAGACCAAAGCAACUGUUAAAAUUCUCUUCACUGGGGAAUUUGUUGAAUUUUGGAUAGAUCUGAUGAAAGUUGCCUAGGGGAGGGUAAGCAAGAUGGUCUGUAGACCAUUCAUGCCCUUGGAGUUCCUUUUCAUAAAACUAGAGCCAUCCUCUAUCACGAACCCCCACAAAAUGCGGCUCGUCGUGGGUGCACAGUAAAUGUUUGUUGAAAAAAAAAAUGUGUUGAACAAACAGAUAAGUAAAUGACUGCCUUGCAUGAAAGCCUGUGGUGGGCUUUAUUUUCCAUGUGACCUUAUUUCUUACAGAAUUUAAUUGUCUGAAUUAGCACCACAGAAUCCAUUACCCCAGGACUCCUUAGGGUCUUUAUCCCCUCAGCGCACCGCACCCUCUUUCUCUGGAUUCUUUGUCUGGUUCUCAUCCUCUCAUAAAGACGCUCAGCUCCCCAGUCACUCAUUAAGGUGUAUUGUCAGGUCUUUAUGAAGAUGGAGCUGUUCUACCAGAAAGGAAGAGAGAGACACACUCGCUCAGAAACCCUGUUCAAUGUUUGAAUGUUAAAUGUGCCAUUUUAUUAUCAUUAGGAUUGCUCCCACUUAAUGAAACGGCAUUAACACCGAGUCGGCUGGCCUCCUUGCACUAAUUGCUUUGGAAGGAAACAGGCUCAUAACUGCCCCAGGGUGGGUGGGGGGGGUGAGAGGUGUAAACAGAGACCCAAGCAAGGCUGAGCACAUUCAGAUGAAACCAAAGCAGGAGGAUCUCCAGACAAGGGCCCCUUGGACCCAAAAGAAUAGGAGUUAAAGUGCUCUGGGGAGAAAAAAAGAAAACAAAACUGGGACUGGGUGAGGUGGAAAUGUUCAGAGGAAUCCCUGAGCGGGGAGGAGUGGGGAAUGAGAAUAAGAGUAAAAAUAUUUUCAAAGGAAAAACAACAUAGAGGAAAGUACUCUUCAAUUGCCCUAUAGGCCUGGGCACAUGGAUUAAUUCUGAUUUCUCCUGGGAAUUAUAAAAGCUAGCCAGUUCUGUCAACACUUUUCCAACCCUGCUUUUUGGGUGCUAUCACUUGGUUCCCUGAACCACAGCCUCUGUAAAGGAGGGGACGAUAAUCAUAUCUGUAAAAUGGGAAUGCUAUUACAUCUUGUGGAUCAGCCUUGAAGACAUAAUGCUGAAUAAAAUAAUCCAGACAUAAAA